AUUUAUCUACCAAUAUUUUUUUCAAGGAACCAUAUCCACACAACACAAUGGCUAGAGAGAUCAAGGACAUCAAGGAAUUCGUUGAAUUGGCUAGAAGAGCUGACAUCACCUCUGCUACCGUCAAGGUCAACAAGAAGGUCAACCCAAAGGGUAAGACCUUCAAGCAAACCAAGUUCAAGGUCAGAGGCUCCAGAUACCAAUACACCUUGGUUGUCAACGACACCGCCAAGGCCAAGAAGUUGCAGCAAUCCUUGCCUCCUUCCUUGGAGAUCAAGACUGUUGCUUAAAUCAACAACUACUACUCUAAUAAACGCAUUUGGUAAAAAUCGAUUUUUGCAUGUAGCCAGGGCCGCAAGCCCCCAGCUGUAAAGCGGCCCCGAGGAAAA